GGCGCAGGUGAGCACCGCUUCCGGGUCGGGCUUCGGAGUCGCGGCCGGCUCCCGCUUCCACUCGCUCGGGUGCGCGGGAGACUAUGGCGUCCUCCUCCGUCCCUGCCGCCACCGCACCCGCGGCAGCUGGAGGCCCCGGCCCGGGAUUCGGCUUCGCCUCCAAAACCAAGAAGAAGCAUUUCGUGCAGCAGAAAGUGAAGGUGUUCCGGGCCGCCGACCCGCUGGUGGGCGUGUUCCUGUGGGGCGUCGCCCACUCGAUCAAUGAGCUCAGCCAGGUCCCGCCACCUGUCAUGCUGCUGCCAGAUGACUUCAAGGCUAGCUCCAAGAUCAAGGUCAACAAUCACCUGUUCCACAGGGAGAAUCUUCCCAGUCAUUUCAAGUUUAAGGAAUAUUGUCCCCAGGUCUUCAGGAACCUCCGCGAUCGAUUUGGCAUCGACGAUCAGGAUUACUUGGUGUCCCUUACUCGAAGCCCCCCAAGUGAAAGUGAAGGCAGUGAUGGUCGCUUCCUUAUCUCCUAUGAUCGAACUCUAGUCAUCAAAGAAGUGUCCAGCGAAGACAUUGCUGACAUGCAUAGCAACCUCUCCAACUACCACCAGUACAUAGUGAAGUGUCAUGGCAACACACUCCUGCCCCAGUUUCUGGGCAUGUACAGAGUCAGCGUAGAAAAUGAAGACAGCUACAUGCUUGUGAUGCGCAACAUGUUCAGUCAUCGCCUUCCUGUGCAUAGGAAGUACGACCUCAAGGGCUCUCUAGUGUCCCGGGAAGCCAGCGACAAGGAAAAGGUUAAGGAGCUGCCCACUCUGAAGGACAUGGACUUCCUGAACAAGAACCAGAAAGUCUACAUUGGUGAAGAGGAGAAGAAGGUGUUUCUGGAGAAGCUGAAGCGAGAUGUAGAGUUUCUAGUGCAGCUGAAGAUAAUGGACUACAGUCUUUUGCUGGGCAUCCACGACAUCAUCCGCGGCUCUGAACCCGAGGAAGAGGGGCCCGUGCGGGAGGACGAGUCCGAGUGGGAUGGGGACUGUAACCUGGCUGGCCCUCCUGCCCUGGUGGGCUCCUACGGCACCUCCCCCGAGGGCAUUGGAGGCUACAUUCACUCCCACCGGCCCCUGGGCCCAGGAGAGUUUGAGUCCUUCAUCGAUGUCUAUGCCAUCCGGAGUGCCGAGGGGGCCCCCCAGAAGGAGGUGUAUUUCAUGGGCCUCAUUGACAUUCUCACACAGUACGAUGCCAAGAAGAAAGCAGCUCAUGCAGCCAAAACCGUCAAGCACGGGGCAGGAGCAGAGAUCUCCACUGUCCAUCCCGAACAGUAUGCCAAGCGGUUCCUGGAUUUUAUUGCCAACAUCUUUGCCUAAGAGGGGGCCUGACUCCGCGGUGAUUGCUGCUUUAUGUUGAAGGUGGCGGGUUCUGAGAGGCUUAGGGGAGCUGGAUUUGGCCUCUAUUUCUCUUUGCUAAAUUCAGGCUGCAGGCUCCUUCCAUCCAAAUAACUUCAUCUUGGUGGAUAGGCUUUUCCUGCCCCAGAAAUACGCUCUCCUUUCUCCCCUUGUCCGUUUCCCUUGCCUCCCAUAAGCCCUCUGGCUUCAUUAGAGUGUUAUUGUUGACUCUCCUAAGUGCCUUGAUCUUUGAAAAUAUCUUGUUUCUAUGAACUAGGAGAAGCUGGGGGUAGGGGUUGUUUGCCAUCCUCGAGACCUGACUGGACAGUGGACAUGGCUCAAGCAACUGCCCUGGAUGCACUUUGCUGUGUGGAGGGAACUGAGUGACUGGAUUUUGCUGGUGCCUGUAUAGGGCUCUUUGUGGCGUGCUUCCUUCCUGGUAGGCCCUGGAGAGGAGGGCUUUCAGGAAACUCCAGAUGUGGGUGCAGGCAUUCCCACAUGGACGAUCUGGCGGGGGUGAGGUAGAGCAUGGUCAGCAGCCUGGUGCCUCACAGAGGUGGGACCUAAGCGGACUUUUGUGACUAUGCAGAGAAUGGAGAAGGUUCCUGCAUUGACGACUCUCCGUUCUCUUCCUCCACCCCACCCCACUUUCACUCUACCCAUGAAUACUUGUGGAUGCAGGAGCCCA